AUGAUCACCACCUCGUUCGCGAACAACAGAGGAAGAGCGGUCGUUUUACUUUUUAUCGCCGGCGCGACGCUGUUCGCGUUUGGCGCGCUCUUCGAGCGGUAUUUUGUCGCUUCUUCUUCUCCUCCUUCCCAGAGGUGGAGAAAGAGCGAAUCUCAACAACACCAUUCGAGGAGAAGCGAGGACGUCGAAGCGGACCUUUCCUUCGCCGACGGCGGAGAGAGAAGAAGCGAAGUCGAUUAUGAUGACGAUAAAGAAGAAGUCUCUGGACGAUCUCUUUUUCCUCCUCCUUCUCCUCUGAAACGCGCGGUAGCGUCGAGCGAAAGCAGAGGCAGAUGUUCGAUAUACUUGUGCGUGCAAACGAAAGAUAAGAACAAGUUCUCGUUCAGCGCGGACCAGUUGCAAAUGGCGAUUGAAAAAGAAGCGAAUCGUGCCUCCGCGUUGGUGCGCGUAAACGUAGGCGACGCGUUGAAGUACACGAUGAAAAGGUGCGUUUUGCAUCCGCACAACGAGUUUGAAAUCCCGCGACACAAACGAGGGGAGUACGAUACGAGUAGCAGUAAGAUGGAAGAUUUGAAGACGGCGAUGCACAGAGGAAUACCUCUGUUCCCGAUUGUCGCGCAUCCGCUAAUUUGGAACGUCACCGACGGCGUUGGGGUCGGACACGAUCAUAAAGUGCCGUCGUUACCGGAAAACUAUCUAGUGUCGAUGAGAGAUUUAGAAAAAACAGAGAAAAUAGAUGAGAAGUACAGAGAGAAAAUAGAAUCGCUGAUGAACGCGGCCAAGUAUUGGAUCGACGAAGCGCACGCGCUGUACGAAGACAGAGGAGGGGCAGUUGAAAGCAACGAAGAAGUAAAAAAGGUUUGGGCGAUAUGGUCGGGAUUAAACGGAUUUAAUUACGCGUAUAGAUUAGUCGCCGCAAAGUUGGGCGUCGGUGUGGUGUCUUUCGAAAACGCUCCGUUUUGGCGACUGAUUGUCGAUACGACUACCGGCGUGGCGAGCAGUCAAGGCUCGGAAAAGUCAUAUUAUUGGAAGUAUAAAGAUUUGGUGGAUGAAAAUGCAGCCGUCCGAGAAGCUCUCGACUACAAGGAGAAAAUGUACGGCACCAAAGGGUUUGAAAAGAAUAAAGAAAAGUGGGAUAUGCAUGUGUCUCCAUCGACGAAUUUACCGUCUGAAAUCAGCGCUCGCCCGAAGCACCGGCCGCUGGUGGUUUUCCUCGGGCACGUGUACUCUGACACGAGCGUCACGUACAUGAUCGAAAGCGGUUUCAACGACCAAGUCGACGUCAUCAUCAACACCGCGUUUUGGUGCGUCAAAAAUAACGUCGAUUUUGUCGUCAAAAUGCACCCGGCGGAGAAGAGAGUGUUCAAACGAAGAUCUCCGACGGAGACGAAACUCGUAAACGAUCCUCGUUGGCACGCGAUACAAAUCGCAAAAAGAAAUACGCUCCUAAGCGUCGACGGUACCAACCGUUUGAACACGUACAAACUCGUCGACGCCGCGGACGUCGUCGUCACUGUCGUGAGCUCUUCCGGACUAGAAUCUGUAAUCAUGGGCAAGCAAGUCAUCCUGACCGGCGCCGCGUUCUACGGCAAACUCGGCUUCACGCGAGACGCGUCCAACCCGACCGAGUUAAAAUCGCACUUAUACUUUGCUCUGCGCGAGCGGCUGUUGUCGCCGUCGCCGCCAUCAUCAUCAUCCUCAUCACGCUCGACGAGGAAAGUCGCGCUCUCUCCUUCGAUGUAUAAAAAAGCAUCCACAUUUUUUUACGUCCUUCGACACUACGCCACGGUGGGCAGAGAUGACGUCGAUGAGAUCGCGAGGAGGAUCGUUCGCGCGUGCGUUCCCGCUUUAUGA